AUGAUUGGAUUGAACCUGUGCCUGGUGUUGAUCGUCGUUGUUCCACAUCGAGGGGGAUCCUGUACAGACCCAGGCUCAAUCGAAAGGCGAUUCGAUUCCAUGGGACUCCCCUUAUACGACAUGAUGGAGAUGGAGGAAAAUCAUCCCCAAGCCAGACCCGUUUGGAAUUCCUAUAGCUUUGGACUCGGGAAGCGAUCCCCCAUGUACUCCUUUGGACUAGGGAAGAAAUGGGAUCACGAUGACGUUCCGAGCGACAAGAGGAGUCGAUACAACUUCGAUCUGGGCAAGAAGUUUGGGGUGAUGCAGUACUCUAUCGUUCCCGUCGAGAGAUCUGGGGAUUUUUCUUUCGGUCUGGGGAGGAAAAGAUCCUCGUAUUCCUUUGGACUGGGCCGGAGAAAUGGAUCUCCUGGCUACGAUUUCGGACUCGGAAAACGAGAUGACAAAAGGGCUAGACAAGAUUUCUCCUUUGGCCUGGGUAAGCGACCAACGGAUCCCGAAACAGAAUCCCGUCGUUAA